UCCCCAGGCCAUUGUGCUACCAGCUCAGCAGUUGUGAGGCCGCGAUGUCUGGACGCGGCAAAGGCGGGAAGGGCCUGGGCAAGGGCGGCGCCAAGCGCCACCGCAAGGUGCUGCGCGACAACAUCCAGGGCAUCACCAAGCCCGCCAUCCGGCGCCUGGCGCGGCGCGGCGGCGUCAAGCGCAUCUCCGGGCUCAUCUACGAGGAGACGCGCGGGGUGCUCAAGGUCUUCCUGGAGAACGUGAUCCGCGACGCCGUCACCUACACGGAGCACGCCAAGCGCAAGACGGUCACGGCCAUGGACGUGGUCUACGCGCUCAAGCGCCAGGGCCGCACCCUCUACGGCUUCGGCGGCUGAGCCACCCACCUACUGGCUUCUUCAGCAAAACCAACGGCCCUUUUUAGGGCCACCCAUCCGUUCCUUUGAAAGAGCUGUGGCUUUA